AUGGCAUACAUGACUCUAAAUAGAUUCAUGAUAUGGGCUGUUGCCCUUGCAACGUCCGUUGCUGCCCAAGACACUUGCCAGACGGUCGAAGCCCAAACCUCCAUCACAAUGCUCAAGUCGUUAACGCUGGACUACAACAAGGAGCAGAGUCAUUACUGGUCCACGUUUUCCGGCGACCUUAAACCAACAUGCAUCCUCGAGCCGGAAACAUCGGAGGAAGUCGCUGCUAUUGUGUCAAUUCUUCAGAAAAACAACGAGACCUUCGCCGUCAAAUCGGGAGGACACAAUCCGAAUAAUUACUUUGCCAGUGUUGACGGAGGACCACUCAUUUCGACUAAGAGGCUUAACGAGGUCAUCUUCAACGCUGACUCCGAGACCGUCAGAGUUGGCCCUGGUAACCGAUGGGAUGAAGUUGGCAAACAACUGGACGCCACAGGCUAUACUGUAGUCGGUGGCCGUAUCGGAAAUGUUGGGGUUGGAGGUUAUCUGCUAGGGAACGGAUUGAGCUUCAUGAGUACAGAAUAUGGUUGGGCUGCUAACUCGGUCCUCGAAUAUACUGUGGUACUAGCAAAUUCGUCAAUCGUCACUGUUAGCGAGACUAAUCAUCCCGACCUCUGGAUGGCUCUCAAAGGCGGCGGGAAUAACUUCGGUAUUGUGACGUCGUAUCUACUUCAAGCAUAUCCUCAGGGCGAUAUAUGGGGUGGUAACCUUGAAUUCGAUGCCACGCCCGAGAAUACCGCCGCUAUCCUAGCGGCGGUUCGUAAUUUUACCGAAAACUAUCCCGAUAAGAAGGCUGGCAUAAUCGUAACGGCUGAAAGAACGUUGACCACAUUACUCGAUAUCUGGAUCUUGUUCCUUUACUACAACGGACCUGAGCCGCCGCAAGGCGUAUUCGAUAGCUUCCUCGCUAUCGGGCCUAACAUCAACACCUGCAAAACACAAAGGUAUGCUGAUCUCCUCAGCGGAAACAACUGGUCCGUCCUAAAGGGCAGUGUCUAUACCAUCGGAACAGAAACUAUUCCAUUGCCUAGCAAGGAAGACGGUCCCGAGGUCAUGCAAGCCAUCUAUGACCAUUGGGUGAAGGUCAGCGACACGACCAAAUUUAUUCCAGGACUCAUUGCCAGUAUCGCCCUCCAACCCAUGCCAAGAGGAGUAGCAACGAUAGCCAAGUCCAAGGGUGGAGAUAUGUUAGAUUUAGAUGAUGACCACGACCGUCUCAUUGUCGAGCUUGACUAUAGCUUCUACUCCAAGUCGGAUUAUGAUCAGGUUGACAUAGCGAUGCGCGCUACAUAUGGUGGUUUCCAGAGUAUUGUUACGGGAUACCAGAAAGGUGGCCUGCUUCCAUCUGAUGUGUAUCUCCCGCUCUUUAUGAACGACUGUUUCUAUCCACAGGAUUACUUUGGCAGGUUGAGACCUGAAAAGUUGCAGCUAGCUCAGACUGUCCAAUCUCAAGUUGACCCAGACGGUUUCUGGAAUGAGAGGACAGGAGGAUUCAAGAUAACCUCGAAGCAAUAA